CGCUCGUCGCCCUGAAGGCAGCAACAUGGCGGAGGCUUCCUUCGGGAGUUCCAGCCCAGUUGGGUCUUUGUCUUCUGAGGAUCAUGAUUUUGACCCUACGGCUGAGAUGUUGGUCCAUGACUAUGAUGACGAAAGAACUCUUGAAGAAGAGGAGAUGAUGGACGAGGGUAAAAACUUCAGCUCUGAAAUUGAAGACUUAGAAAAGGAAGGAAGCAUGCCUCUGGGAGACCUGCUGGCCUUCUACGGCUACGAGCCCGUGCUGCCCGCUGUGGUGGAGCCCAGUGCCAACAGCUCCCCAAGUGAACUUGCCGAUGAGCUGCCGGACAUGACGCUGGACAAGAUCCCGGGGAAGUGUCCCUCGCCUUUCCGAGCUCAGGCAGGGAGAGGAAUCCACAUCUUGGAGCCUCUUCCUGAGGAAAUAGCAAAAGACCUGUUGUCAGGGGACGACGAGGAGACGCAGUCUUCCGCAGACGACCUGACGCCGUCUGUGACUUCCCACGAGGCUUCCGACUUCUUCCCGAGGCCUUUGCGCUCAAAUACUACUUGUGACGGAGAUAAAGAAUCAGAGACUGAAGAUGUCGAAACAGACAGUGGUAACUCACCUGAAGAUCUGAGGAAGGAAAUAAUGAUCGGUUUACAGUAUCAGGCCGAGAUCCCCCCUUACCUUGGCGAGUAUGAGGAUAAUGAGGACGGGUCUGAGGACGGAGACCAGCUCCUUUGGCGUCCCGGCGUGGUUGCGGAGAGCCAAGUGAGGGAGUACCUUGUCGAGGCCGCGUUCAGAACCGGAAGCGAGAAGACGGCGGACAGGAUUUCUGCGGGCGCACUCACCAGGGACAGCGAGCAGGCAUUGUAUGAACUGCUCAGGUGUGACCAUAACGUCCAGGAGGCUGUGGAGAGGUAUUGCCGCAGCGGAAAGGCCUCUCAGGAGGGAAUGGCUGCGUGGACAGAAGAGGAAUGCCGAAGCUUUGAACAUGCACUCAUGCUGUUUGGAAAAGACUUUUACCUGAUACAGAAGAACAAGGUGAGAACCAGAACGGUGGCCGAGUGCGUGGCGUUCUACUACAUGUGGAAGAAGUCGGAGCGGUACGACUACUUCGCCCAGCAGACGCGGUUCGGGAAGAAGCGCUACAACCACCACCCUGGAGUGACGGACUACAUGGAUCGCCUGGUGGAUGAGACAGAAGCUCUGGGCGGGACCGUCAGCUCUCCCGUCUUAACCGCCAGCCGCCCUGAGCCUGUUCCUGAUCCGCAGCUGAACAUCCUCAACUCCUUCACCGCAGGCGACCUGACGGCUCUGACCGGCAGCGCAGCGGCCCCCGGGGCUGUGAGCUGCCUGGACGAAGGCUUUCCUCCGCCGGGCAGCCUGCCCCGCGGCCCAGUGACGCCCGUGCCUGUGGCGACGGAGGAGCUGCUCGCCCUGCCCAGCAGCGGGGAGGGCGACUGCUUUAACCUGUUUGAGACGGGCUUUUACCACUCGGAGCUCAACCCCGUGACCCUGUGCAGCGAGGAGCCGGAACGACCAGCCAAGAGGUUGAAGAUGGGCCUGGCUGUCCCGGAGCCCUUCAUGAGCGAGGUCUCUGUGAGCAGCCUGGGGGUGGACUUCGAGAGUCACACGCACCACAUCGCCAGCGCCAAGAUGGCCGUGUCUGUGGCGGACUUUGGCAGCCUGUCUGCCGGCGAGGCCAAUGGCUUCCUCAGUGCCCACGCCCUGCACCCGCACGCCGCCCUCCACUCCGAGUGACCGGCGGCCUGUGCGCGAGGACACGUUGGCCGGCUUAGUCUUUCACUGGAAGCGCGAACGUGUUCACUAUGACAUCAGUGAUGUCAGCAUGUAUAGACUCUUAUCUUGAUUUAUCAAGAAUAUUUUCAUUUCUCAAUCCAUAAAUGUGGAAAACCGUGAGCAGCAGAGCUGGGAAGGAAGGUGGGACUCGGCAGCUUUAAGCUCUGCUCUCCCCCCCUCACCUCCCAGACCCCUCCGCCCCCUUCCAGUCUCUUGCUCCCACGUUUAAAACCUGUAGACAGGCCACCAGCUCAAAACCAGCACAUGUUCAGGACUGAAGGAGUGGCUUCUUCGCGUGUAAGUUCCUUUUGCCGUAACGGAUGCAGCGGAAUAAGUGUUUACAGGUGCCGACCCUCAUCCCUGCGAAAUGUAGCAUUUUUUGGUUUUCUUAAUUAAGCAAAAGCAGGGGUAGGUUUCUUUAAACUGCACAGACAUGCAAGGGUUUUUUAAAUGGAAACUUCUCUCAUGUUCCUCAGCUAGAGCACUUCCGUUUACAAACAGCACGUCCACCUCUGGGAGCUGGCGAGGGGCUGUGCGCGGAGCGCAGACGAGACGCUCGGAUGUUUCCAGAUUCUCGACCAGGGCACCUUCCACAGAACGGCUCGUUUUACUGUCGGAAGAUGAGUGAACUUCAUGUAUUGGCUACAGAUUGGGCAUUGAAGAUGUGGUAUCCAGAUAGGGUCUGCCCACCCUUGUCAAGGUUGUGAUUGGGAAGCCACACGGCCAUCGAUGGUGGAGUCUCCCGGGCCGCGGCCCGGCGGGCAGGCUCCUGUUUACACUGAGGGACUGGCGUGGGCAGCGCUGCGGUUCGGUGUGAAUGCCGAGGAGCGACGUCGAGGUUCCACACGCGGCAGGAGAACCUUGAAGUAGAUUCACGUGUUUUGUUUAAUUUGAACAGGUGACAAGAAAAAUGUGAGUUGCUGUCUGAGAUAGAACGGUACUUGACCACUUAAGUUUAAAGCAGGUUUAGGCACUCGAUGCUCUCGAGCUGUUUCACGUCGACCGCAGACAUCACGCGAACGAGCGAGAAGCCGUUGUCCUGCCCCUCGGCCACCGUGCGCCAGGCCUGCAUCGAGGCGACAACGUGCAGCACAGUCAGGACGCGCGAAGCUUUGCCUUUAUAGUUCAGUUAAGACACAGACUUGUACUUGUUUUAUUUGCACCGCUUUGUUAGGGUUUUCCGUUCCUGCGAGUGUCUGAAACGUGUGGCCGCGUUGCCGAUCUUGUGAGUCUAUGUCACCUCGAGGUGGUGCUGGCGCGUAGGUAGAUGGUAGUGACCUUAGCCCUGUGGGCAGGGAGGGUAUUUAUUACACAGACUGUGAACUGCAAUGGCAUCCUGGGUUUGGAUGAAGUGUAUUCUUGUUUUUUUUGCAGCAUUUUAAUGAAGAUUGCUUUGAAGUGUUUACACAGUGUAGCACAUUUACCGUAAGACUUAGUUUAGCACAGUGGACAGAGUGGGUAGGUUAGUAACUUAAGCCAGUCUCUCACUUACAGACCUGUGCACACGGCAGCCGGGCAGCCUGGGCGGCGUGCUGCCGUCGCUCCUGUCAGGUUUCUGAGCCGUCGGCUCUUCCUGCUGUGGUGGUGGGCCGGCUUUGGACCUGAGUUCGUUCGUUCGGUAAGAAUCAGUACAGCUAUGAUUAGUGAGGUAUUGGCCAUCAUCUUCCAUUGUUACGACUUUAAUUUUCACUAGGUUUACAGUGGCUGGUCGGUGUGACGACUUACACAGAGACGGUCGAGCGCGAACACCAGCCACACUACCCGAGCACGCCCAGGCCCAGUGCAGCCGUCUGGUCGGUGUAGCUAUGCAUUGCUGGGGCUCGAUCAGGAUGGAAACGGUGUUUCUUACCACAAGUUUUGAUUAUCAGCAGGUGGAAUGGACACGUUAUCUGAAUAAAGAUUUUUGACCAAAAUUCAGAAAAUGAUAUAGAGAAACAUAAACUCCAGCUAGUUUAUAGAUGUUUAAAUGCCAAGCUAGUUCAGCCUCUUAGAGAGUGCUGGCGGGCUGGCGAUGUUUACUUUUAAUUCCUUGUGAAAAUGAGGCAAUAAUCUGCAAGGUUCUUGUAUAUAUGUGUAAAUUCUUCCUGUCUUUUUAGAUCUGAUUCCGUAUUUUUUUGACUGUGUCUGCCAUGUAUAAUAGCAUUUUUGUGCAUGCUUGAUGUGACAUACAUAAACGAUACCACUUUGUCCAUGUAAAAUAGCUAUUUAUUGAAUUUUCUUUUAAAAGCUGGAUUGACUGUUUUCCCCCUCUCCAUUGAAGCAUCUUAACACAGAAUUUGUUACUGUUUAUUAGAAGAAUUGCGUUUGAGAGCAUGAAGAUAACGAUUUGCAAUCAUAUGAAGAGACAACAAUGCCUUUAUUAAGCGUUAAGCACAAUUCUUAUAACAAACUGUGAUAAAUUCUUUUUUUUUUUCCUUCGCUGCAUUAUUUUCAUAUGAACAAACCAAAAAUCCAUGGUGAGCGGUUGCAGUGUGGGCUGAUGCGUCUUUUCUGUGGAGACUUGGGGACAGCGGUGGGUGCGAUGGUGCUGCGACUAGAGCAAUACUUCCCUGCAGCCGAGCUCAGCGCCGGCUCUCCUCGGUCAGCUGCUGAAUUUACUUGAAGGAUGUAGAGUAAUUUUUAAACGAUACUAAAGUGUGUACAAUUAGGUCAAAGCAUUGUGCAAUUGUUUCCUAUUAAUUUGUACGACUGAGGGUCCUGAGUGUUUGCGGACGUCGGCUCUCACAGAGCAGAGUGAUUUUAACUGUUGAAUUUAACCAAAGUCUUCAGUGACUCUUUCAACUCUGAAUGUAAACUAAUGGAGGAACCCCCGGCCACCACGGAGAUUGUCUGCCCCGUUUCAAAGCACAUUGUCUACAAAUGGAAAUUGAAAUAAUUUAUAAGAAUAUUGACAUUACUAUGUUUUUUAAAAAGUUCUUAAUUUUUCACUAAAGGAGGAAGCUAUUAGUUUUAUUAUUAAAUAUGGUAGAUAUUAAAAUUCCUCUUAGAAAACCAGUGAUCCAAUGGUCCCAGUUUGAGCUAAGUACCCUAUGAGUAUGAAAUGAAUUAGUGACAAUCAGAACAAGUCUUAGUAACAGAUAUUCAAGAGGAAGUUGCUAUUGCAUUGAUUUUAAUAUUUGUACAUAAACACUGAUUUUUUUGAGCAUUAUUUUGUAUCUGUUGUACUUUAAUACCUGUACAGUUCCAGAAAUAAAAAUCUGGAAAUCUUUUUCUUCU